AAAUUUCAUGCUGAAUGUUUUCACACGGGGGUAAGUAAGGUUGCACCUGCACGAAACGAGCCUCCAUUAGUGUGAGUGCACUACAGGAUCAUGGCGCACGUGUCAAAGCACGCAGCGCGAGAUCCUUGAGCGCGCGCGCGCCUCACCUUAAUCGUGAGGCUGUUCACGCGAUCUGUUUUUUUUUUUUUUUUUUUUUAUCGAUCACGAAAGGUGCGAAUUAUCUUCAGGACCGUGUAAGUUUAGAGCUGAAGUUGAGACCCCUCCUUCUCAGAUCUGAGCUGUCUGUUUAUGAAUAGCCAUCACGGUGUCGUCAUCCGUGUGUCAGACAGCUGUCUCUGAUUGGCUGCACGGGCUGGAGACGGCUUUCUGCGGCGGCGUGGGGUCUCGAGAGGUCGCUAAUUAGCGCGCAGACUUUACGAGCGGGUGCCGUUUACACGUGAGCUCCGAAGCGGUUCCGGGCGGUGGCGCGCGCACGCAUGCUCUGUUUCCUUCCGCGCAUAGUGGCUGCUCGCGCUGAGCUCGGCGUCAUUCUCAAGCUACCUGAAAUAACGCACGGCGCGCGCUCUCUUUCUCUCGCUCUGUCUCUCUCUCCCUCUCUAUCUCUCUCCUAGCACUUUCUAUCCGUCGGCUCGGAAUUACUCUCGCACCGAAAAGCCAAGGAAGCGGAUGAGAGAAGGCGAAAAGUUAUGGAUGAAAGAAUAUCACGCGUGCCGGACAGAGCGUUCCUCGAUCACGCAGACUUCCUCGGGGUCGAUUAUUCGUCUCUCUAUAUGUGCAAGUCAAAAAGAGGGAUGAAGCGAGAGGAGGGAAAGCAGGACGCGUAUAAGUUACCACACAGACUCAUAGAGAAGAAGAGGAGAGACCGGAUUAAUGAAUGUAUCGGACAAUUGAAAGACUUAUUACCAGAACACCUUAAGUUAACGACCCUGGGGCACUUAGAAAAGGCGGUUGUGUUGGAGUUAACUCUAAAACACCUGAACGCGUUGACGGCUGUCACUGAGCAGCAGCACCAAAAGAUCCUGGCACUGCAGAACGGAGACCGCUCUCUGAAGUCCACCAUCCGAGCAGACUUGGACGCUUUCCACUCGGGAUUUCAAGCGUGCGCUAAAGAGGUGCUGAAGUACCUGGGCACGGUGGAGAAGUGGACCAGCUGUGAGCAGAGGUGCACGCAGCUCAUCGAGCACUUGCACAAAGUUUUGGCGCGACUCGUGCAGCCGCAGUUAGGCGCGCAGGACAGGGACAGGGACAGAGACGGCCAGGCCAACUGCGUUCCGGUCAUCCAGAGGACUCAGAAUCCCGAGGCCAACGAGAACGACACGGACACCGACAGCGGAUACGGGGGAGAAACGGAGAAAAACGACGCUAGAGCCGAGAAAGCAUGCGACGCAGUCAGGGUUAAAAUAAAGCAGGAGUUUGGGGACGAGCGCGUGGCUAAGAAGCCCAGAAUGAGCUGGAGUGAGAAGGGCGGGACAGGAGGCGCGGAGCCGCCGAACUUAGCGUUCAUGAACUCGCUGAUGGGAAUGGCUGGAGUGGGCCAACAGACUCCGUUCUGCGUGCCGUUUUACUUCAUAAACCCGUCGGCAGCUGGCUCCUACAUGCCUUUUUUUGACAAGAGCAGUCUGGAGAAGUUAGUGUACCCGGCGCUGAGCGGGCCUUUCCCCUGGCUCUACCCCGGCCUCAGCGCGCACACCUCGGCCGCAGCGGCUGCUGCAGCUGCUGCUUUCCCCGGAGCAUCUCUGGAGAAAAGCCUUGGCUUCGGGGCCACUUCAAACGAAAAAGACUGCCCUUCCCCACCUAACGAGGCCAAACAAUCCAGCAGGGUAGGUGCUUUAUCUCCUACCGACGAGGAGCAGAACUCAGACCCUGAUCUUACCGAGGAUCAGACCCCAAUGAAAGAACCCAGCACUACAGGCUGAUCCAGUCUAAAGGAACACUUCACUUUUCGCGCUCUCAUGUUGGCUUGUGACAUUGUGUGUUUAUCUAUCCCUUAAUUUAAUAAUCAUCGAGUACUCUGUGGCCUGUAGUGUUUCUAUGGAUUUACUGAUAAAAGCAGUUAUUUGUUAUUCUUUAUUUUAUUCUUUAUUUUUUUUUUCAACUGAAAGUGUGCGCAAAACAGGGUUUUGAAAAGGUCUUUCUGUAGUGAUAUUGUAAUGGGGGACAUUGAAACAAAACCUAGUGCCUUUUGCACUGAAUUCUGACACUGGAAUGGGAAUCGACACUUACUGACAACAGCAUACAGUCUGUUUUUAUUAGGUACAACAGAGUUAUAUGAAAAAAAGACAAUUUGCUCUUAUUUGUUGAGGAAACAUAGUAUAUGUGCAAUACUGUCUAACUGAUCGCUGAGUUCUAACCUACUGCACCUCUUAUCAUUGAUUUGGAUUCAUAUUGGCAUCUUGGAUGUAUUGUAUGACAGUGACCUCAAGCAAGUUAAAAUGACUGAUGCAGUACUUUUAGGAACAACUUUAUUUUUGGUAGAAUUUAGCCUACAGGAUUUGCCACUGAUAGUGAGAUUCUUAUUUCACGGAUUAAUCUUCAGUGCUUAAAAGCGUUACUUAAAUACCUCAAGAAACUUUUGCAUUUGAGAGCCAGAUUCAUUCCUACACAUGCUCCUCUGGUAGGGGCAGUGCAGUGAGCUGAAUAAUCUUUGUUAGGAUGAAAGUAGUCUUCAUUUCUAGUCAGACAGAACUUGUGAGUAGCCUUGUAAGUCGUUUGACUUACUGUUAUGAAAGUUCUAUCUCUGUCCCUAAUAACUCGAUUUGUGGGGUGUGAAAUUACACUUUGGAUAUUUUGGCCUAGCAUGGGCAUAUCAUUUAUAGGCAAUCUCUCAAACUAUUUGCGAUAUUUCAACAUUGUGACACCAUCUAGAAUAAUUGACUGCUUUGGCACAAUUUUCUAGACAGUUUGACUUAGGGAAUCACAAUUUCCAUGGGGAUUUUUGGAUGAAAGUCCUUUUGAGUCUAGCACAUAAAUCUGGAACGGUCCAUGUGGCCCCUGUGAUAAAAACAUCUCAGUAUGUGGAGAGCUGCUGUAUAUGACAUGCAUCUCCAGAUACAUUAGCACUUUGUGGAACUUUGAUAUUGAAUGUAAUCUGUUUCCUGUUGAUAUGAACGUUUGUAAAUAUUCUGAUAAAAGUAGAUCCGCGAGGUAAAGUGCACUUGUUAAAGCCUUCUUUAUUCCUCUAAAACUCUUCUCACACAUUAUUUAUAAUCCAUUACCCUUUGUAUUCUGCCUGUAAUUUAUAUAUAUAUACAGUAUAUAUUUUCUUAAAGAGAUCCUCAUGAUUAAAAAGGCAAGUCUAAAUGUAUAAAUAUGGAAAAAACUAUAAUAGCUUACUGUAUAGUUACAAAACAUUCAGUUCUUCUGAAUUCUUCUGAAAGCUCUAUUAUAUAGCAAAUGCUUUUGCAAAUCUUAAAAUCUUAAAUAACCUUAAAAAGCAUAUAGAAAUUGAGUAGUAGUGUCUGGCUCAGAGAUUAGGAUAAAGACAUUUUUUGUCCAAGUUAGUACUGCCAUUAAAGCCUAAAAUUUUGUAGUAACAUUAGUUAAAGUCCCAAUCAAGAAUCACUGCACUGAUCCAUAUGCUAUUAUUCCAACUUAAGCUUUUGAAUACCUAAAGUCAAACAUACAAUGUGCAUAUACCAUGCUGUCUGUUUAAUUUGUUUUAGAGCUGAUUAGUGGCAUAAGAUCUGAAGUGAUUGGGGAACUUGUGGAACAUGUGCAAUGCAUGGUUUACUGCCCAUAAUCAGUGCAGAAUAACACUGGAAUCCCUGGAAGAGAGUAUAAAAGAAUGAGGAAUUUUAAAUUGGCUGCAAACAAUACCUUUCCAGUUGGCCGAGGCAUAUGUAUAUUUAAACAAAAUUUGCUAUUUACUUUUGCAUUGAAAACAUUUUAUAGGCCCCUUAUAGCCUCAGCUGUCUUUUUUUGCCUAUGUAGUGGCAUGUAUAUGUAAAUAGUUUGUGAAUACACAAAAAUGUCCAAUGUUUAUGUUGUAGAAGAAAUCUUUGGAUUUUAUAAAGGAUCAACCUAAGCAAAUGUUGCACAUUUCGCUAAUGCUUUACACUACUGCUGUUAUAAAUUAUUGCUUACAGUUGUCAAAUAAAUAUUAGCUCAAAAACUAACCAGUGCUUUUUCUAUUGAUGGAUUGUUUCUACACACCAGCGGACACCUGUUCAUUUGAUCACUUUCACAUUACAUUGUACCUUAUUAUCCUUAUAGUGGUAAGUACUCUCAGUCUUGGGAAAGUGCUACCCUGCAAAUAAACGAUUUCCCUAAUUCUUAAACACCUGAUCCAAUUUGUGAAGGCCAUGACCAUCUGCUGAUGUGCUCAUCAUGGGUU